UCCCCAGGACUUGCUUCCGCCAGCACUGAGCUCCUCCAAAGGGGGCCAGGGAACUCUGACCAGUACUACGCGCCUUUGCUCAGCUGUGGCAUCUUGGCUGUCUCAGUUGAUGGUCAGGAAUUAAGCUAUCACCUACCUGUGUCGCUCACAAUGGAAGAAAUGGAGAAAACAGAUAUCCAGCUACAAAGACCUAUAAAGACCGAGUGGAACCCCCAGUGUGUCCUGUUCACCUAUUUCCAAGGAGACAUCGGCAGCGUAGUGGACGAACACUUCUCCAGAGCUCUGAGCAAUGUCAGGAGCCCUCAGGGAUUGAGCCCCUUGAGCCAGGGCGCAGACGUGAUCCUGAGGAAUGAUAGUGACAUGCCUCCAAACCAGUGGCGUUUCUCGUCUCAGUGGACAAAGCCAGAGCCAGAGCCAGAGCCAGAGCUAGAGCCAGAAGCAUCUUUUGCAUAUGGUGCCACCAACUGCAACUUGAAUGGGCCUAGUCUCAUGACUAUGGAUCAGUACCCAGCGUCCCUGGCGGGGAGCCCCCCUGUUGAGUCUGACGAGCCAUGGCAUUACCCCUCCCUAGCCAGCCCCAGCUCUUCAGAGCCUGGCUACUCUCAGGCCUACUCCACUGGGCACAUGGUUCCAGAGCCCCAACCCAAUGGGAACUAUGAGCCCUUCUUAAGUCUCCUCCAGCAAGAUCGACACCUAGCCCAUCCUCAGGAGUCUGCAGUGUGGGAGGAUUGCAACUCUGCCCAGAUAGCCGGAAGCACAGGAUUGCUCUGCAGCUUGCCUCCCAGCUCAGCCCACUACAAGAAAAUAUAUUUCCCCCCAGAUGGUGGACCUGCCAGUGCCAACCUUGCAAGUGAAAAAAGCCAAUCUCCAGAGAGAAGAGAUGUGUUCUUUUAUUGAAACUCAGUCUGAAGAAGAGAAUUUUUUUUCCAAACCUGCUCAUGAUUUUCUACUGUGAAUCUAGAGGGCCUAGAGACUGCACCGCCUUUUUCUCUUUCCGUCACUAAAGAGCAUUGCGCCAGGAGCAAGUUGAUGUUCUCCCUAAAAUUCUACACAUUUCUUCCCUAGUACCUGUGCCCUAUGGCAGGAGUUUUUCAAACAUCAGUGACUCCUCAGCAUAUGAAAUGGUUAAAAGAGCAGUUCAGUGAUGGGAACUUUUAGAGGGCCCCCUGUUUGCUUAUCCCACCUUCCCUGUAUCUGCUGCCUCCCUACUUAGAAAUCAGUCCCCUCACCCCCUACCAGCAGAGUCUUUCAGACCGAGACUGACCGUGUGGUGUCCUAUGGGCUUGUCCUAGUUUGCCAACUGAAUGGAUGACAUACCAGCAAUGGCCUGAAGCUUUCUAGCCUGAGCCCAGACUGUGGCGGGCUGCACUCCUGCCUCCACCAAAAGCAAAAUGAGAACAGGGGUGGGCAAGAUCCACUGAGGAAGUUGAGGCUGGGCAUGUUCUGCCAGCAUCCUCAGAGUCUGGAAAGAAGCAGAAAAGGUUCAGAAGGGCUCUCAUGAAUGAAGUACUUUCGCUGGGAAUGUUUGAUUCUUCAGUUCUGAAAAAGGGAUUCCAAAUAGAGUUGCUGAGAAACCUGAGAGCUGACUUAUUGGAAGUUAGGGAACAGACUGCCCUGUCUCGAGCUGGGCCUAGACAGUUCUGUGCCAAGAGCAUCUCUUAGCUGUGGAUCCAACUGCUUUAUGCCCUCCCUUUGAGGAUGACUCUCGCAUCUGACCCCCUGCAGGUGUUUAUCUGGACCUCUACUGGCUUCUACAGACCAUGAAGCCUGCCCCUUAGUUCUUUCACUGUUAGUGACAUCUGGGAGCCAUUAGCUCUCUUUUUGGCACAGAGCCAUUAGGGCCACCCAAAUAGGUACCCACAGCAUCUUAGACAAAUUGGAGGUGAAAGACAAGGCUUAGUCCAAGACAUGGCAGCAGGACCUCCCUACAGAUUGUUCCAGAUAAAAUGACAAAUUUCUUCGAACUCCCUCAUGUCUCUAAUCUAGUAGAUAGCCUUGCAGUCAGCGUGAGCUUGGCAGGUAGCCUGUGACAACCUCAGAAUCCCCUGCUGGCAGUGUUGGCUGUCCACACAGCACCCCCUACUUGCUCCUGUGUAAUAGCUCGGAGGGUGAAUAAACAAUAAAACUACUUUUUUAGAUUA